UUUUUUUUUUUGUUUGUCUUUCUUUCCUUUCCUUUUCUUUCUUUCUUUUCCUUCCUUUUUUUAUCAUUCACAUUAUUAUUUAUGACUUUAUAUCUUCGAUCAACACUAGAAAAAUUUUCAUCCACUACUACAUCUUCCACUACUAGAUUGAUGAUAGAUGAGGGAACAAUCACAUUGGAUAUAAUAGAUAUGUGUUCCCCUUUUCUAUAUACAACUAAACAAUAUUCUAGUAUGAGGAUCAUCUUAGCAGAGUAUAUGGAUACAUUGCAGAGAAUAUUGAUAGUUGCAGAAGAAAAAUCAUCAUUCACCUCAUCAAAAGCGGAUCAACUGAUUUGUCUAAGCAAUAUUAUGCAGGCUUUGCUUCAACAAAUGGCUCAUGAACAGAGAAAAGCCUCAAAAUGUAAACGCCAAGUUCUUCAUUUUUGUUAUUAUCAAGCUUACCUAUUGGAUUGCUUAGAUUGGCCAUCAUUAGAAAAAACAUAUAAAUUGUUAUGUAAUUCUUUACCUAAUGAUAAUGAUUAUACUUGCCCGAUUUGUUUAUGCCUUUUAAAUAAUCCAAUGGCCUUUGAUACAUGUCAUCAUCGAUUUUGUCGUUCUUGUAUUGAUGAUUUCUUUUCCAAUGGUCAACCUUAUUCCAAAUCGAUGUAUCCAAUAAGGGCGGAUCAACAGAAUGAUGGGUUGCAUUGUCCUGUGUGUAGAGCAUCAGUGAUGAAAAGUCAAGUACAUUUGGAUAAAGCACUAAAUGGUUUUAUUAAGACGUAUUUCCCUGUUUAUAUUCCUUGGUGGAAGCGUGCUGCUAAAUCAUCAAAACAAAUAUUAUCAGCAUUAUGUGUUGCAUGGUGUACUUCAGCAUCAGCUUAUCAAUUUGAUGACUCGGGUGUUCAAUCACAAAUCUUUAUUCCUGUUUGGUAUUAAUAUAGUUGACUUUCUUUAGAUGUACAAAUAGUAAUAAAAUAGAAGUG